CCUGAGUUAAAAGCGCAACCGCGCUGCUCAGAGGAGAUCGGGUCUCCAGUGCACAGCAGCAAUUGGGUGGCCGAGGUGAGCGCGGCGCCACCGAGCAGAGGAGUGAAGUCAGACCUUCCAGUAGCCCAAUGGCCUUCCCUAAGAAGAAACUCCGGGGUCUUGUUGCUGCCACCAUCACUCCAAUGACAGAGAAUGGAGAAAUCAACUUUCCUGUCAUUGGUCAGUAUGUGGAUUACCUGGUGAAGGAACAGGGGGUGAAGAAUAUUUUCGUGAAUGGCACCACAGGAGAAGGCCUGUCCCUGAGCAUCUCUGAACGUCGCCAGGUCGCGGAGGAAUGGGUUAAACAAGGGAGGAACAAGUUGGACCAGGUGGUGAUUCACGUGGGAGCACUAAACGUGAAGGAGUCACAAGAACUGGCCCAACAUGCAGCAGAAAUUGGAGCUGAUGGCAUUGCUGUCAUUGCGCCUUUCUUUUUCAAGUCACAGAACAAAGAUGCCCUGAUGAGCUUCCUGAGGGAGGUGGCAGCCGCAGCCCCCACUUUGCCAUUUUAUUACUACCACAUGCCGUCCGUGACCGGGGUAAAGAUUCGCGCUGAGGAGCUGCUGGACGGGAUUCAGGAUAAGAUCCCCACCUUCCAAGGACUGAAGUUCACCGACACGGAUCUCUUGGAUUUCGGCCAGUGUGUCGAUCAAAAUCACCAGCGACAGUUUGCUUUGCUCUUUGGGGUGGACGAACAACUGUUGAGUGCUCUGGUCAUGGGAGCCACUGGAGCAGUAGGCAGUACCUAUAACUACCUGGGAAAAAAGACAAACCAGAUGUUGGAGGCUUUUGAACAGAAGGACUUGGCUUCAGCGCUUAGUUACCAGUUUCGUAUCCAGAGAUUUAUCAACUAUGUGAUCAAGCUAGGUUUUGGAGUGUCGCAAACCAAAGCCAUCAUGACGCUGGUCUCUGGGAUUCCAAUGGGCCCACCCCGGCUUCCUCUGCAGAAAGCCACCCAGGAGUUUACUGCUAAGGCUGAAGCCAAGCUAAAAAGCCUGGAUUUCCUUUCUUCCCCUAGUGUAAAGGAUGGGGAAGCCUUUAGCUAGUGCCUGAUAAGUCUGGGUACAUAAGCUUAGACUUAUCUAUCUUCAAUAGUACAUUCUUUUCUCAGGGACUUUUUUAGGUGAAUUUGAACCCAUCUUUCUUUUAGCAGGUAGAAUUCCACACUAAUCAAGAAAUACGGAUUAUGAACCUAAACUUUUUUGUUAUAAAGGAGUCACAAGCCCUAAGUCAUUCAUUUUGUAAAAUUAUUAUAGAGAAAUCUCUACUUAUACAGAUGCAAUGGAACCAAGUGAAAAUUGUAAUAGUAAUUACAAUUAUUAAUUAAUUACAUUAAUUAAUAUAAUUCAUAUUACUAUAUUAAUUGCUGUAUUAGUUAUAUUAUUGCUGAAUAAAUUUCACCUGUCUUUUGGGA